UGCUUAACUUGUAGGUUUAGCUCUGUUCCCUUAUAAAAGCAGAGGCAGAACCCCUGUUCAGCGAAGGGGAUAAACCCUAGCGCCGCGAGGCCAAUAAACUUCGUCGGAGUCUCUGCGUCGAAGACUGCUUGAAUUUUCAAAUGGAACUGCCAAAUAUAACAAUUCCUAAAGUUGGACAAAAACCCUCGGCAAAAUUGAAGUUUCCCACGCCGAAAGAGCUGAUAUCUCACUAUGAGUCUCAGGGUAUGGACUCGCAGGAGGCGUCGAUGAAGGUCAUUGAGGAUCUUCAGAAGGCGCUAUUUGGAGUCGUAUCCUCCGGCAAAGGUAGAAACGAUAAGCUAUUGGCCGAGUCUUCUAAGAAGAUUGAUUCAAUUAGCAAUAGACUUACUGUUCUCGACUUGAAGCUUGAUUCUAAGCCUGGGUAUGUCGAGACUUUUGCAAUUGGCCUUGCCUCAGGCGCUGCUCUCAAAGAUAGUGAGAAGAGAAAAUGGAUUCAGGGUUAACCCUUUGUUUGGAAGAACCAUCAAACAAUGGCAACGGAUUAUCGUUACUGCAAAACAUAGCUUUAAGAGCCUUCAAAUUAUCUUGGUGGGGUGUCUCAAAAAGGAGCCGAAGUGUUUCAAAUGCUUCUCUCUGUUUGUUGUCAUCUGCAUUGUAUAUAAAUGUUCACGGCCGUAAUAGAUUAGAAAUAUUCUACCUGAAGAAAAAAAUGAA